CUCGGGCGGGCUGGGGCGGCGGCGCGGCGGAGCGCGGCGCUGCAGCCAUGGCGGGCGGCGCGCGGCUGCUCGGGGUGUCGCUAUUGGUGCUGCUGGCGCAGCUCGGGCCGCAACCCGGCCUGGGGCGGCCGCGAGAGCGACUCCGCGUGCGUUUCACCCCGGCCGUGUGCGGCCUGCGCUGCAUCCAUGGGCCCACCGGCUCCCGCUGUACCCCGACCUGCGCGCCCCGCAACGCCACCAGCGUGGACAGCGGCGCGCCCGGCGGGGCGGCCCCCGGGGGACCCGGCUUCCGCGCCUACCUGUGUCCUUUGAUCUGUCACAACGGCGGUGUGUGCGUGAAGCCCGACCGCUGCCUCUGCCCGCCCGACUUCGCUGGCAAGUUCUGCCAGUUGCACUCGUCGGGUGCCCGGCCUCCGGCCCCGGCCAUGCCAGGCCUCACCCGCUCCGUGUACACCAUGCCACUGGCCAACCACCGCGACGACCAGCACGGCGUGGCGUCCAUGGUGAGCGUGCAUGUGGAGCAUCCGCAGGAGGCGUCGGUGGUGGUGCAUCAGGUGGAGCGUGUGUCCGGCCCUUGGGAGGAGGCGGACGCCGAGGCGGUGGCGCGGGCGGAGGCGGCGGCGCGGGCGGAAGCGGCGGCGCCCUACACGGUGCUGGCCCAGAGCGCGCCGCGCGAGGACGGCUACUCGGACGCCUCCGGCUACGGUUACUGCUUUCGGGAGCUGCGCGGAGGCGAAUGCGCGUCGCCGCUGCCCGGGCUCCGGACGCAGGAGGUGUGUUGCGGAGGGGACGGCGCGGCCUGGGGCGUUCACGACUGUCAGCCGUGCUCCGCGCACGUGGGGAACGCCCACCGAAUGGGCGCCCCAGAUGGACCUUGCCCAACAGGCUUUGAAAGAGUGAAUGGGUCCUGCGAAGAUGUGGAUGAAUGCGCGACGGGAGGGCGCUGCCAGCACGGGGAGUGUGCGAACACGCGUGGCGGGUACACGUGCGUGUGCCCCGACGGCUUCCUGCUCGACUCCUCCCGCAGCAGCUGCAUCUCCCAGCACGUGAUCUCGGAGGCCAAGGGACCCUGUUUCCGCGUGCUUCGUGAGGGGGGCUGCUCACUGCCCAUCCUGCGCAACAUUACCAAACAGAUCUGCUGCUGCAGCCGUGUGGGCAAGGCCUGGGGUCGCGACUGCCAGCUCUGCCCACCCUUUGGCUCCGAGGGCUUUCGGGAGAUCUGCCCAGCUGGUCCUGGCUACCACUACUCCGCCUCUGACCUCCGCUACAACACCAGACCCCUGAGCCAGGAGCUCCCUCGUGUGGCCGUCAGCCGGCCACGUGUCCCACCUGCCACUGCUCGGCCAUCCACAGGGGUCCUUCCCACCUACCAUCCAGAACUCCGGCCAGAGCCUCAGCCCAGCCAUGAACGGCCCAGCUAUGAACGUCCCAGCCCUGAGCGGCCCAGCCCUGAGCGGCCCAGCCCUGAGCGGCCCAGCUAUGAGCGGCCCAGCCCUGAACGGCCCAGCUAUGAACGCCCCAGCUAUGAACGGCCCAGCCCUGAGCGGCCCAGCUAUGAACGACCCAGCCAUGAACGGCCCAGCUAUGAACGGCCCAGCCCUGAGCGGCCCAGCCAUGAACGUCCUGCCCCUGAGCGGCCCAGCUAUGAGCGUGUCAGCCCUGACCGUCCCAGCCAUGAACGGCCCUUGCCUAGCAUCCCUGCCUGGACUGGUCCUGAGAUAACUGAUUCAGGUGCUGGCCUGGGAAUGUGUCAGCGCAAUCCUCAAGUCUGUGGCCCAGGACGCUGCAUACCCAGGCCCAGCGGCUACACCUGCGCCUGUGACCCAGGCUUCCGGCUCAGCCCCCAGGGCACCCACUGCUUGGACGUGGAUGAAUGUCGCCGCGUGCCCCCGCCAUGUGCCCCCGGGCGCUGUGAGAACACGCCAGGCAGCUUCCGCUGUGUGUGUGGCCCCGGCUUCCGAGCUGGUCCCAGGGGUGCUGAGUGCCUGGACGUGGACGAAUGCCACCGCGUGCCGCCGCCGUGUGACGGUGGGCGCUGCGAGAACACGCCAGGCAGCUUCCUGUGCGUGUGCCCUGCCGGAUACCAGGCUGCCCCACAUGGAGCAGGCUGCCAGGAUGUGGACGAAUGCACCCAGAGCCCAGGCCUGUGUGGCCGAGGUGCCUGCACCAACCUGCCUGGCUCUUUCCGCUGUGUGUGCCCGGCUGGCUUCCGGGGCUCGGCAUGCGAGGAGGAUGUGGACGAGUGCGCUCAGGAGCCUCCGCCCUGUGGGCCGGGCCGCUGCGACAACACGGCGGGAUCCUACCACUGUGCCUGCCCUGCCGGCUUCCGCUCCCGUGGCCCCGGGGCCCCCUGCCAAGACGUGGAUGAGUGUGCCCGCAGCCCCUCGCCCUGUGCCUACGGUCGAUGCGAAAACACUCAUGGCAGUUUCCAGUGCGUCUGCCCCACAGGCUUCCAGGCCAACGCUGCUGGCUCUGCGUGCGAGGAUGUGGAUGAGUGUGAGAACCACCUGGCAUGUCCUGGGCAGGAGUGUGUGAACACACCUGGCUCCUUCCAGUGCAGGGCCUGUCCUGCUGGCCACCAGCUGCACCGUGGCAGGUGCACAGACAUAGAUGAAUGCAGUUCUGGCGCCCUGUGCGGUCCCCACGGCCACUGCACGAACACUGAAGGCUCCUACCGCUGCAGCUGUGCGCCAGGCUACCGGGCACCGGCAGGUCAGCCCGGGCCUUGUGCAGAUAUAAACGAGUGUCUGGAAGGAGACUUCUGCUUCCCUCAUGGCGAGUGCCUCAACACCGACGGCUCCUUCACCUGCACCUGCGCCCCUGGCUACCGACCCGGACCCCGUGGAGCUUCUUGCCUUGACGUGGACGAAUGCAGCGAGGAAGACCUUUGCCAGAGCGGCAUCUGCACCAACACCGACGGCUCCUUCGAAUGCCUCUGCCCGCCGGGACACCGUGCCAGCCCGGACCUCGCCUCCUGCCUCGAUGUGGACGAAUGUCGCGAGCGAGGCCCAGCCUUGUGCGGCUCUCAACGCUGUGAGAACUCCCCCGGCUCCUACCGCUGUGUUCGGGACUGCGAUCCUGGCUACCACGCGGGCCCAGAGGGUACCUGUGAUGAUGUGGACGAGUGCCAGGAGUAUGGUCCAGCCAUCUGUGGAGCCCAGCGCUGUGAGAACACCCCAGGGUCCUACCGCUGCACCCCGGCCUGUGACCCCGGCUAUCAGCCCACACCAGGAGGCGGAUGUCAGGAUGUGGACGAGUGCCGGAACCGGUCCUUCUGCGGUGCACACGCUGUGUGCCAGAACCUGCCGGGCUCCUUCCAGUGCCUCUGCGACCAGGGCUAUGAAGGCGCGCGGGACAGGCGCCACUGCGUGGACGUGAAUGAGUGUGAGACGCUGCAGGGGGUGUGUGGAUCCGCCCAGUGUGAGAACGUGGAAGGCUCCUUCCUCUGCGUGUGCCCCAACAGUCCUGAGGAGUUCGACCCCAUGACUGGACGCUGUGUUCCCCCACGGACCGCUGCCGGUUCGUUCCCAGCCUCGCAGCCCCAGGCACCUGAGAGUCCCAGCCUGCCGGCCAGGCCGCCCCCACCAGCCCCGCCCCGGCGGCCCAGCACCCCCAGGCAGGGAGCCGUGAGCAGCGGGCGCCGUGAGUGUUACUUCGACACAGCGGCCCCAGACGCGUGUGACAACAUUCUGGCCCGGAAUGUGACCUGGCAGGAGUGCUGCUGUACCGUGGGCGAGGGCUGGGGCAAUGGCUGCCGCAUCCAGCAAUGCCCAGGUCCCGAGACAGCGGAGUACCAGUCGCUGUGCCCCCACGGCCGGGGCUACCUGGCACCCAGCGGAGACCUGAGCCUCCGGAGAGACGUGGAUGAAUGCCAGCUCUUCCGAGACCAGGUGUGCAAGAGCGGUGUGUGUGUGAACACAGCCCCCGGCUACUCGUGUUACUGCAGCAACGGCUAUUACUACCACACACAGCGGCUGGAGUGCGUCGACAACGACGAGUGCGCGGACGAGGAGCCAGCGUGCGAGGGUGGCCGCUGUGUCAACACCGUGGGCUCCUAUCACUGCACCUGCGAGCCCCCGCUCGUGCUGGACGGCUCGCGGCGCCGCUGUGUCUCCAACGAAAGCCAGAGCCUCGAUGACAACCUAGGGGUGUGCUGGCAGGAAGUGGGGCCUGACCUCGUGUGCAGCCGCCCCCGGCUGGACCGCCAGGCCACCUAUACCGAGUGCUGCUGCCUCUACGGGGAAGCCUGGGGCAUGGACUGCGCUUUCUGCCCAGCUCAGGACUCAGAUGACUUUGAGGCUUUGUGCAAUGUGCUGCGGCCGCCGGCCUACGGCCCCGCUCGGCCCGGUGGCUUUGGACUCCCCUAUGAGUAUGGGCCAGACUUAGGGCCGCCUUACCAGGGCCUCCCAUACGGGCCUGAGCUGUAUGCACCAGCCGUGCUGCCCUACGACCCCUACCCGCCGCCGCCUGGGCCCUUUGCCCGCCGGGAGGCCCCCUACGGCGCGCCCCCCUUCGACCUGCCCGACUUUGAGGACGACGGGGACCGCUACAGCGAACCCGAGGCUCCCGCGCGCUCUGGCCCGGGCACCGGCUGGCCCUACCGGUCCCGCGACACCCGCGGCUCCUUCCCGGAGCCUGAGGAGUCAUCGGAGGGCGGAGGCUACGCAGGUGCCCUGGCCGAGCCCUACGAGGCCCUGGAAGAGGAGGAGUGCGGGAUCCUGGACGGCUGCGACCACGGCCGCUGUGUGCGCGUUCCCGAGGGCUUUACCUGCAACUGCUUCGACGGCUACCGCCUGGACAUCACGCGCAUGGCCUGCGUUGACAUCAACGAGUGCGACGAGGCCGCGGCGGCGUCCCCGCUCUGCAUCAAUGCCCGCUGUGUCAACACCGACGGUUCCUUCCGCUGCGUCUGCCGCCCGGGCUUCGCGCCCACGCACCAGCCGCACCAUUGCGCGCCAGCGCGGCCCCGCGCCUGAGCCGCGCGCCCCGGCGGGCCGCCCCGCUGCGGGCCCCUGGAGAGCCGGGACGCGGGCCCUGCGGGCUACGGGGCCGACGCGUGGCCCGCUGCCCGUGACCCUGGGGCUGAACCGAGCCCUGCGCCCCCUUCACGCGCUCCCCCACUCCUUUUAUAGUUCUCAAUUAAAGAAACACCUAUUUUGUA